AUGGCCUAUACAGCAUCACCUGCACAUCUCACAAACUCUGCCACGGUUCCAGAGGUGAGCCGGCUGGGCGAGUCUCCGUGUCCCGGGAUGUGGCUGGACACGGUGGGACAGCAGGGACUAGGGCAGGAGCAGACUUGGCCGUCCUUGUACCGUGCUCUGACUGCGUCCCCUCCGAGACUGGCGAUCCCAUCCGUCUCCCCCUCUCCCUCCCACGCGCUGUCGACCCAGGUGCCACCAUCAGCCGUGGUGCGUUGGGUUCUACGCCGGCCGCCCGGUGGAGGCAAUGGAGCGCGGCACAGACAUCCAUAUAGGAGCACUGUCAGCCGCCUCCCACGCGCAUGUCCCCCUUGA